CCAACGCCAUGCGUCCGCCAAGCGUUCGGCGUUUUCGCUCCGGUUAGCAGAGUGCUGCAGGCCGUGUGUGUGAGUGCACGUUGCACGUCGUCCUGACGCUCGUUCGGCAAAUUUUCGGCGCCGCGCAGCUUUGUUUACUCCGUGUACGGCACAACUUGUAGACCGCAUCAUUAAUUCAACGUUUUAGUACUACUUAAAUAUAUUUAAACAAUGUGAGCGAAAAUUUUCUGUUUUAACAUUGAAAUGAGCAAAAGGAAAGUUUGAAUCGGACGUAGGAAAACUCGCAGGAAUAAACACCGGACGAGCGCGACGGUCGCAAACAAAGAGGAUGUGGAGCGCGGUCGCGCCCUGCGACGAGGACACGCCGGCACCGUCGGCACGUUCCAAGCAUUCCGCAACGCUCGUCGGCGACCACAUCUACCUGCUCGGCGGGCGCAACGGCAAUCUGCCGAUGAAGGACUUCUGGAAAUACAAUUUGGUUACUGGAAAAUGGCAACAAUUGAAACCAAUCGGAGAUCGUUUGCCUGCGCUGCAGGAGCACUCGACGGUAGCAUACAAAGACAAUAUUUACGUCUUCGGGGGCGAGGUGAGCUUCUCCGCUGGGACUGAGACUCCGCUUUGGAUGUACGACAUAAAAAACAACAGUUGGAAGAAAGUACGCUCGAAAAAAGGCGUAGCGACGCCUAAGGGACGUCGAGGUCAUUCAGCGCUCGUGCACCGUGGCUCCAUGCUCAUUUAUGGCGGCUAUCAGGAUUUACGAGGAUCCUGCAGUGAACUCUGGGCCUUCCACUUCGAGACAGAAUCCUGGCACCUGGUGAGCACGGGCCCGAGUAAAAACUCGGACGCUUUCCCACCGGCGCGACAUAAGCACUCAGCGGUGAUUCAUGGCGACGCGAUGUGGAUCUAUGGCGGGAUGACAGAUUUGCAAGAGCGUAGUGAUCUCUGGAAGUGGGACAUCUUAUCGGGUACGUGGGCCAACAUGAAAACGAAGAUAAAUCCAGGCCCGUUGCAUAGUCACGCCGCUUGUCGACUGCCGUCGUCUAUGAUCAUCUUUGGAGGGGAGCGCGACGGUCACCCGACGAACGAUCUCUGGAAAUUCAAUUUUGGUACUGAAUUAUGGGAAAAGAUAGACAUUAUCGGACUGAAACCACAGCCACGUGCCGAAACGAUAGCGUUUACUGUCUCUGAUUUGCUACUGCGAGAUCCGUCGAUAACAAACAGUUUGGAAGCGAGGGAAAAUCGUACACGCGUACGCACGUGCACGUCCACCGACCGCAGCCGACAUUCUUCCUACUUUCCCAAUAAUCGAAUCACCCCUAGUGAGCAAAUGUAUGUCUUCGAACCAUCCAAUGCCAACUAUGCGGACGGCAGCAAUGAGCUGGAAAACACGAACAAGAGUAAUCGAGGCAGCUUCCUGCAGGAGAUUAGCAAAUUAUCGCAGCUGAACAUUUCGCGUUUGAACAACAAGUGCAACUAUUCUGUGCUAACAGGUUGCCCAACAGACAGCACUGAAAGCCUGCUCAAGCCAAAUGCAUCGCCCGCGCGCGAGAAUCAAGAAAAUGAAGAAACAGAAAUGAGCACACCAACACGAGGCACCAUGGUCAAGUCAAAAUCAGCGUAUGUAAUUAAGAAAAAGUACGGAGAUAUCUCACCGGAUGGUAAAGAUGUACCACCAAAACGUAGAGUGGAAUUUGACACCACAACAAAAUCAAUGCCCAGGGAACCAAUCUCGGUGCCAAACUUUAGUCUUCUUACACUUCCUACACCAGUGCUGACUCCUGUAGAGGCUACCCGUUUAGUGUUCCUCGACAACGAAGACGACGCGCUUGAUAACUACCACUAUGACAAUGAGUUUGUCACGUCCAACUAUGACAUCGAAACAAUAACACACGUCCAGCCUGCGGAGUCACCUGACGCCGAUAAGGACAUUUUCACAACUGGAGGAACGCUUAAAAGGAAUGAGAGCUACAGCUCGCACUUGGCUUACGCGGAUAAUCCGCUUUAUCAGCACAUGGUUAACUCGAAAACCUACGAGGAGAACAUAUCUUCCACAUCGGAUUAUUGCAGUAUCGAAACGGUCAACAGAUUAUCCUCAGCGAGCAACUACAGUGUCAAAACAAACACGCCGCAGGACGAGGGCAAGAAACAGUCGCAUCACCCCAAUGAAAGAAAUCAAAACCUGGGAUUUGGGUUCUGCAACCCAAACUACUUUGGCCCCGAGGCUAAAAAUAGCGGUGGGAAAGAGAAUCGCAAAGAAAAAACAGACGAUGAAAGCGAAAUGUUAGAAUUACAGAAUUUCAAUGGAAGUAUAACUCGUAAUACCAGAGUUUUCUUCCGGAAUUCCGUCAGAAAUAAACGUCCACCUAAAAGUUUACCAUUAAACAACGGAAAACUUAAGGAAAAGAAUAGAGCACAAAGUGCAAGCCGCGUUGAACGCACGCAGAAUAAGGUUGGCGUGAAGAAAAUUGAUAACACAGCGGUUGAACCAUUCGUGCCGUUGUACGUUUUCAUAAUUGGUGGUAAAGAACAUGGACAGGUGACUGUUUUUCAAAGGCCGCUCUCCAUUUGGAAGCUCAAACUGUUUUAAAUGCCAAAAUAACGCAAAGCUCUGUUAGGAAACAACAACAUCGUAAUAAUAUCAACCAAAGUACCAAUCGCUACAAGUAGGUAAUAUAAACAAAGCAAUGUAGUUCUGUGUGCCAAAAUGGUGGCUUUUCCGUUUCUGUUAGUAGUUACAGUAGGCAACCCAAACUACUCUGCGUUCAAUGUACUAGCCAUGAAUUUACAUGUAAACCAAUGAAUGCAAUCAAAAAAUGGAACAGAAAACCAAAAUAAACAGUAUUUUACUAAUAGCAGUAAAUAUCAGACAAGUCUAUAGUGAUAGAAACAUCUAGUCAUCUGUAAAGUAGCCAUUUAUUAUGAAAUUGAACUGUUUUUGUGUUUAGUUUAGUUAUAGUUUAGCUUUAGUUUAAGAUUUAAAACUUUUUCCUACAUACCAGUACAAAUUUGUUUCAUUCAAUCGUCAGAUAAUAAUAAAAAUAAUAAAACAAGGUUAGUGAUUAAUCUAUAAGCAGCAACACUGAAUUUAAAAGAAUUUAAUAUUAAUUUAGUGAUUUUUAUUUGACUACUAUUACUUGAUUACUUGAUGGUAAAACCAAAAUCCAAAUAGACUGAGAUAUCGUAUUAGCAUAAAGUGUAAACGUAAGAAGUAGCAAAAUCAAGAUGAACCAGUAGUAAACAAAUGUAACUGAAUCAUUGUAGAAACCAUUAUCAAGCAAAUAAGUAACGUAACGAAUUUUUGUAGCCAGAAACUAUAGCUCUGUAGGCUUUCUGUGUAUAGAUAUCUUUUUUUAAAUAAUUUUACUUUUCACAAGACCAUGAAUAACUAAAUUUGUAGACUAUUAAUUUCGAGAUAACAGUAGUAAAUUGUAAUAAACUGUAGCAACGUGACAUACAUUUGGAUGGGCAUAGAGCAUUUAGUAGAUUUUGUAAUUUUUUAUAUUUCCUACUUUGUUAGAACGGUUCAGAACUGUUUACUAAUAUGAGACACGUACAUAAAACCAUCUAAAAUUAGCGAAAACGUAACAAAAGCAAAACGAAUCAAAACACUUCUCUAAACAAACGCUGCAAUUAGAAGUAAAACGUAACAAUGAUGUUAAAAUGAAAAUGUAAAAUUCGUCCGAAAAAUCAAUUGAAAAUAAUACGUCCUCGUUUACUUUAAUCGCUAGUCCAAGGACUUUACUCGAUAUUGAGUUUAAAAUAUGCGAUAGGAUAGAUUUAAUGAAUAUGUAAACAACAACACAAGUGGGGUACAUUUGUAAUAUAAUAAUUGUGUUUUGGAGUAAAAGAUUAAAUUGCAUACUCUAAUUCGUAAUUACUUGCCGUGAAUUUGAUUGUGUGUUCACGUAUUAUCAAUUAUUUUAAUUGAUGGUCUAGUUCAUAAUGGAUUAUAAUUCUAUGAUUAUAUCUAUAUGGAUAUUGCGUAUUGACGUUAAAGAAAAGUUUGAAGGGUGCAAGAGUACCGCAAGAAUGUUGACUAAUUUGAUGAUUGACUACAAGCUGUUACCUGUUUUUGUUCAACAAUAAAAGAAAAACAACCAUGUGUAAUUUGAUAACGUGCAAUAAUUUGUUUAGUUUAUUAAAUAUGGCUAUUUAAUUUAAUUAUUAUUAUUAUUAUAUAAGUUCUGUUUUUAUGUAAAUAGAUCUUAAUGCAGUCAAUGUCUGAGUUGUAUUACUGGUUAAUUGAAUUCAAGAUUCAAACAUUAAUUAACGUUUGCGUUAGGAUUUUAUCCACUUCAAAUGAAAACGUUUGUAAUUUUGUGUUGAUCAUUAUGUGUAUUCAAAAAGUACCCGAGGAGAUAAAUCUCCGUAAAAUCUUCAAAAUUAAAACAUAUGUAUUUGUUGUGACAAUGUGGACAUGACAAAAUGUUAACGAAUAUAGAUUUUAGUUUGCAGAGA